UAUAUUAAAAUAAAAAUGUGUUUGGUAACAGAUGUUCCAAAAAUGGGCGGCACUUGUUGGACUGAAUAUUCAAGCAUCGUUAUGAAACAUUAACUUGUGCCUCAUGGACCAUGAUUGACUUCCAAACUGAUAAGAUAAACAUAAGACAAAGGCCUCUCUCAUAUCUAAACUAAAGGAACAAGGUCUUCCGUAUUAAUUCGUGAGCUUUAAAGCUCCUCAAAGGCCGAUUAUUUAAAUCUUUAGCCCUGCUAGCUGUGUCCCCCUCCAUUUAGUCUGACUGCAAAGCCAACAGUCUGCUGUCUGUCAUGGUCAGAUGUGAGAGUGGUAUCACUUCUAUUGUCUAAAUCUCUGCCAGAAAGAGAAUUUGUGGAACUAGUGCUGUCAACUCGCUUGAAGGUGAGCACAGAGAAACCUCACCCUUCCCCCAAACGUAUUAAUAAUGCAGAAAUAAAAAGCAUUGCUUUUUGAUAAAACAGAAUAUAUAAUAAUUCAGUCCUCACGCAAAUGAUUCCCGUACAGGACAAAACGGUCUCUGGUAUAUAUUUAUGAGUUCAAGCUAAAUACUAGCCCGGCAGGAAGAAAAUGUUUCCAUGGCAGCUGAGAGCAAACUCAAUCAUUCUGUGUAUUACAGCAUUUUCUGAAAAUAACCCUAAUUUUCUGAAGUUGUCCUCGGGGCUCUGAUCCUCGUGACACAGUCAAUAGACAUGCAGCUUGUUGAGUCUGCUGUGCUGUGGUUGCACUGAGGCACACAGAGCAUGCUGCAAGAGAACAAUACAUGUAAACACGUAUAUUUAUUUUAAAAAAAAUACUUAGUAGAAAGGUGCAACUCAGCUGCACAAUCACAGCUUUGUAUCUUUCCUGGAUCUUUAAGGCACUCAAGUGGCAUUUUAUCAGAUGAUCAAUUUGGAGCAGACCGCUGCAUUUUUCCCCGACACCGCUGGACUAAACUUUUCAUUUACUUGGUUUGUAACCUGGAUAAAGAAUGAGGAUUCUUCAUGUCGUCAUGUUCUGCUGCUUCUAUGGUGAGUUUAGGUGUAUCUUUUUUAAUUAAAAUUCAUAUCGACAGGUUUUAUUCGUAAAAUUUACAUUGUUACAAGUUAGGUGUGAAGGAGAGCAAAUCUUUGACUUCACAAUGGUUAAUUAGCUACAUUUCUAAGUGUGAUUUUAAUUGAUGAGCUGCACAAUAUAUUAAAAUUGGUCUUUCUAAUUAUGGUGUUUGUCACCAACAACUGUUUUAUUGACAGAAAACAACAAGUUUAUUGAAUUAUACAAGUAGGUUGUGAUGUUGUUUCAGAAUGUAUGUACUUAUGUACAUUCUUUGCGUCGUAUAUUAGUGGCUGCCCUUGUUGUAUUUCUAUGAGCAUACUCUGAGUUGUCGCCUAACAAAAACAUUGGAACCUUUCUUGGGCGACUCCGGCUGGGGCUUGUUGCGUGUCAUCCUCCUCUCCCCGCCUUUCAAGUCUAUCUCUACUAAUCUAAAUCGAGGCAAAAUGCCAAAAAUAUCUAUAUUUUAAAAGACAAUUUGAAAAACCAACAAACAAAGGCACAUACUUGUGGGAUUAAUGUAUUGUAUAAACUACACAUUGCACAUAAAUUAGGUAAAAUAAAAAAAGAAUAUCAGGUGAAUCUAAAAAAGUGGAACGCCACAAUUCAAAUCAACCAUAAAGAAUGAACAGUAUGCGCACAGGAGAUACGAUGUGUACUGUGUGCAUCACUUCCCGUGAAUCAUACAGAAUUAAUUUACAAGCAGAGGUACAGUAGUAAUGUGUGAAUUCAUUCUAAUGUGCUUCCCUGUCAAGCAAUUCAUCCACAUUUCAACAUUCAUUUCAGUAGAUGCUGUGGUCACCAGGUGUAACCAGGCACUUGCUUUAUGCUGCAGGUGUGUGUGCAGAGGCUUCAGCAGUGUUGGAGGUGAGCGGCCAUGUUGGAGCAGAGGUCUCCAUCCACUGUUCUGGAAGCUGGACCACAGACAACAGCUCCGAACGCCACAACAUGUACUUCUGCAAAGGCGUCUGCUCCAAAGAAAACAUUCUCAUUCAAACGGCGAGCAAGAGGUUGGACGUCACGCGGCACGGGAGAUACAGCAUGGAGGUCAACGGGGGAGACGGGGCCUUCAGCGUGACCAUAAAGAGGCUAAAGAGGACGGACGCAGGGACAUAUCACUGCAGAGUGGAGGACACUCUUCAUGGGUGGCACCAGGAGGUCGCUCUUAUAGUUGCAGAUGCGUCCACUGUUCCUCUGGGAUCGCCUCCCUCCACCACCCCCAUUCAAACUCUGCCCCAAGGCAGCUUUGCAUCUGGCACUGAACCCUCACCGGCAGCAUCGACCCGGCCCGCUGCAGACGAAAAGACCAACCAGACGGCAACACCCUACCUCAAAGACACCACAGUGGUCAUCAUAGUUUCGAUAAGCCUGGCUCUUCUGGUGUGUGCCAUCAUACCUCUUAUAUUAUACAGACACUUGUGGAGUAACGCAGAAGGUCAGAACAAAGGGGAGGUGAGUGACCAUUUUCUCGUUAACCAGCUUUUAUUUUGAUUAAAAUGUUCAUCUCUUAUGACUGUUAAUGCAAUACGUUUACUACUCAGAUGAAAUCAUUCUUAAUGACAAUUCUUAUGUAUUUACAGCCUGAAUACUGUGAGUAAAAUGCAGACAUUGCCUCUACUCAGGCUGCAGUGAGGCUGCAGUCUUUAGAUGCUGAGCCAGUAUUCAUAAUUCCUCCCAGUACACUGCAGUCUACCAGGUACUGAAUCCCACACCUCUGGACUGGACUGAACAGAAAGCACGACUUUAUAUCCGUACAUUUUUGCUUGUUUUUUUUAGAUCUGUAAAAUUCAAAGUAGUGGUGUAGUUAGACCUGCAGAGGGUGCUACACACAUUUGAUCUCACUUUGGAAUUGGACCCCUUUGGAGACACUUAUUAAAGGCAACCAUGAAUACAGAAUUGGUUUUGAAAAUAUUAUCAGAUCCACCAGUGUCUGUUUAGAAGAUACAUUUUCAUGUUUAAAUAAAGGUCAUGAGUUUACACAAAGACCACAUCAAUAAUUGUUAAUCACACGUCCAUUUCCUUGCACACGCACAAACCUGCAGAGUGUUGUUGCUUGUGUUGUGUCAUUCUGAGUCACUCACUUUCCAGAAAGGGUGUAAGAUGGUCAGAGAGAAGUUAAGAGAAAUACACAUUCUAUCGUCACAUUUACAGCGUACAGUUUUAACACCUCCAGCCAACAGUGGACAACCCACUCAGAGACAUUUAAGCUCAAGUCUGAUAACUACACACUUUGUGAAAGUCUCCAUGUCUGCCACCUGUUCCUUAAAUAACAAUGGAGUCAUCUCCUGCCUUUCACACUCGGGCUUCAUGUAACUUGUGGCCCACUCGGUGAGUUUUGAGCGCAAACAUUCAUAGACACAGCAUCAAAAAACAUGAAUGACUCAGUUUUAGAUCUCAUUAGAUGUUAGCACUCAAAUAUAACAUUGUAAUGUUGUGGUAUCCUUUUGUUUUCAUGAGGAUCAAGACCCGUGCUUAGAAUUGCUUGUAGGUGUUUGUUAAUUAACUAUAAAUCAGUAGUUUAGGAUAAAUGCUUUAUGGCAGAGAGUUGAUAUGUGUAAGGCUACAGACAGGAACCACUCUGUUAAAAAGUAACAAAAUCCACCAAACAGCACCUCCAAAGUGAGAAACUAAUUCCCAGUUGCUUUCAGGAAGAGCCGUGCCAGCAGUUCCCCCGUGUUUGCAGUCUUUAGGCUAAAGCUAACCAGCUGCUGACUAUAGCGCUUCAUACUUAACAGAGAGACAUGUGUAUUAAUCAUCUUGUCUAUUUCUAUAAGAACAGCGAAAUGUAUGUGACUUUUUUUGGUCAAAUAAAACAUAUAUUAUUUACAGUCCGUCCUUACCAUGAUAACACUAUUUUAGGAGCAGAGGAAGUCAGACGACAACUGGCCGCAUCACAGUGUUGCACUCUGCGGUUGAAGUUACCAGUUUCACAAGUGUGUUGGAGAACUACACGGUGCAAAAGACUCUCGCUAGAGUCAGUGUUUGGUUUGUCUGUUCAAUAAACAACAAUAAUGGAAACAUA